GCCCCUUUUCUUGAUGAUAGGGUGACUCUGGUAUGUGUCUCUGGAUGUGAAUGUGAGAUAAGUAAGUGUGAAGCAUAUCUGUUGCUGAGUGGUAUUUAGUCUACUCGUAAAAUAUGCCAACUUCACCUAUUAAAUCCUUGCCCUCGGAUUUCUUCACGGUUAUCUACAGCCUAGCAGUUAAAAUUCAGUAUCUUCAUCAUAUAUUUUGAAUAUCUGCAAGCCUUCAAAUUUGGUCAAAAUUAAAUGUUUAUUAUUAAAAAUUCUAACAGUUUUUUUCCUGUAGAUAACCAUAUAAAGUUAGUAUAUACUUUGAGUAUAUUAAAAAGAAAUCUGGUAUUUUCUAAUUAUGUGUGUACUUUACAUAUCUGUAAAUCAUAAGUUACAUUUAAUUUUAGAAAUAAACAUAUGUAUAUGUAUAUGUAGUUACUUUUUACUUGGAAGCCACAUCUUUUGAGUAAUAUAUUUUCCAGAAUAACAAAAAUUGGGACUGGCAGAAGUCCAAGGCACGUUAGAAUGUGAAUUUAGUACUUACUAAAGUUAAAUAAACAGUUCAUUCUUAACUUUUGUAAUUCAUAUUUGUGGUUGUAUUUCUUCCAAGGUAUUAUAUGAAAUGUGUCAAAAUAUAUUUUUCUGCAAAGGAGUAGUUUGAUGUUAGAUAUCAGACCAGAAAUCAAUAGUUGUGUAUGAUAUAGUUGUGAGCAAACAUGCAAAGCUCAUAUUACUAUUUCAUGAGAUUGCGGCUGUCACUUGUACAGGUAUUACAAGUAGUGUAUAUACAUACUUUGUGUAUGUAGAUGUUAUAAGUAAUAUAGCUCUAAUUUCUAGGAAAUACAUAUAGUUAGCAGAUGGAUUUAAAUUUGCUGAUAUUGGGCCACGAUCAUGAGAUACAUGUUCAUAUAGGUAUAUAUACAUAUACAUACUAUUUGCAGCUAGAAUUUAGCAUGUAAUUUGUGAAAACGUUAUUUGUCAAAACUUCAAGAACAUAAAUAUUUGAUGUUUAAAAUGUUAUUUCAAGGCUGGGAAGAGGUCUUUCUUUUUAUCACAUUCUCUAAGGUUUAUCCUGUUUGGUCUUUAUGUGGACAUUUUAUAUUAGAAUUGAUUUUUUCAUUUAAAGAGAAGGAGUUGACUUCUAAGACCUUAUGAUAUACAUCUCUUGGUUUUUCUUAUGACUCUUUGGAGUGCCAAUAAUGAAUGAAAGAUAAUUACUGUCAUUUUCCCCAUUCAUUCUUUGCUCAAAUCAAAACCCAUUCUUGUUUUAAAAAAAUACAAACUAGGGGUGUAUUUCAUGGCUAGUUCUGCUCAGAGUUUUAAAAUGUUAUACCCACUACAGUUCUAUCUCAAAUGUUCAACUAGCAUAGAAAUGUAUUUCUCAAAGAACUAAACAACUGUACUUGAGACAUCCCCAUGACAGCUAACAUGAGGACUGCAGCUCAUUCAAAGGUAAGCCUUUUCAUGUAUGUUCAAAUUAAGCCAAUGUUCAUAAGUAAUUAGAAAAUAACUGAUCAUUUCACCAAACUUUAUCAUUAGCAGGAAUAUACUUUAUAUUCAAUGCCAGAGGUCGUUUGCAGAUCCAUUCUUAACUAUGCCAAACCCUUUAUAAUGCAGGUAUGUAUUAAUCUAUAAUUAUCAUGUACAUUGCAGGCUAUUCAAAACAGCAAUGAGAUAUGGCUUAUGAGAUGGACAAUGGCCAGCUUUAAAAGCAUCUAAUUAAAAGCACGUCUUAAAACCACUCCCCCUUUGCAUUCUCUUGGUGUUAGCAGCUGCAGUAAUCACAGUGGUUGUCCUUUUAGCCUCGAUGAGGCCUAUCAAUGGUUGCAUUAUAGUAGGGAAAAGAUUUUACAAUAUUUCUGUUAAGGCCCUACUUCUGAAGAAGGGAAGCUGCAAAAUAUUCUGAGGUCUGGUGAAUUUAUUACUCAUUUAUAAGAUGACAACUUCAUGGAAUUUUUCCGUUCUGUACUGGGUUUUCCAUAUUACUGCAGGGUCUCUUGCUGUGAAAAAUCUGACUGAUCUGAAAACCACCACAUUGGUUAUUCUAGUUCUCCAGACCACUUUCAUUUAAACCCAUUGAAAAGUAUUUGAACAAAACCCACGCAGAUAGUUUUGAGUAUGGCCUGGGUUGUUUCUGUUUUGAGAGGAAGAAGUGAGCAAGUGUCUAAACUGGGAAGACUCUAGUAUCUUCCUGCUAGAGAUGGUUGGGUGGAGCUCACCUUGAUGACAAGAAGAGAUGAGGUUUGUGAGUUGAGUCUUCCGUUAGUCCCCAGGUGAUGGGGAAGCUGAGUGAUCAUUAUAACCUAUAUUUUUCUUUUUGAUCUACUUUAUAGAAUAUAUUUCCAGUUCAUUUUACCUUUGGAUAUUUAGUGGCUCUGUCUAAGCUGCUGUUAAUCUCCUUUGGACUGAGGAAAGUAUAAAGACAUGAAACUGUGAAUUUAAUAACUCCUAGGUGUUUGGAGUAAUAUGUUAUGGAUGAGUGGGCAUUUUUGAUUGCUUGUAUGUGUGUGUCUGUCACUGUUAUGAAAAAAUUUUCAGACACUCUCAUGUUCAUUUGUCUAGGAAUUGAAGUCAUUUGGAAAUAUCAGCUCAGUCUGCAAAUGUUACAGGGGCGUGGGAUACAGCAGAACCCUAAAUUUCGAAUUUUGAGUAAUAAAAGAAGUACAUGUGGGCUAGCCCUGCCUUCUUUAUUUUGGUACCCAUAACGACAACGUAGUGAACACAGGAGAUUUAUAAGUGCUGGCUUUUAAGGUGCUUCUGCCACAGUACCCAGGAGAGCUGCAGAAAGACCAAGAAAAGAGGUGGGGCUUGGAGUUUAUGCACCCAUAGGAAAGAAGCAGACUUGACUUUUAAAAUAAAGUUCUCAUUUUUUCCCGGUGAUGUUCUGAUGAUGUCUUCAUUUUAAUUCAAGAUGUUCAUAUCAGAGGAAGUUUGACUGGCUGUGUAUGCUUUCGGGGCUUAGAGAUUUUUUUUUUUAAGUGGGAAGUCCGGAUGUUCAGCUGAAAAAUCUAAUAGAGGACAAUGUUUACAAGUUCAGGUUUUGUUUCAGAUCAAUCUGCAGCAGCAUGCAGCUGGGGAGCUUUGUGGAAAGUUCUGUCUUAGGAUCUCAGGGUUCUACGGGUUUUCACAAUUGAGUCACUCUGUUGUCAUAUGGCUCCUUUCACCCCCAAACCCUUACAUCUCUUUACAUGUUUAUUAACCAUAGUUUAGGAAGGUACAUGUACAGAAGUGAAUCGGGGAAUAUUGAGCCUAUGGGGAACAUUAAACCAUAUUUAAUCUCAUCCAUAUGGAGAUUCUUGUUACUGCUCUAGUUUCAGGAGGUUCCCACCCUUUACCCUCUAAACAGCGUGGGUCUUCAACCGCUGAACAGGGUGGCAAGGCAGUGAGCUGCUCAGCACACACUGCAGGGACUUGGUGUGGUCUGCCAUAGAUAACUGAUGGAUUUCCCUGUGCUGUGUAUGCACACAUAGAGGCUGCACUUUAAUUAGCUCACACAGUCUGGGGAUGAAUUGGGAAAUAAAAUGAUAAAAUCCAGCCCCAAGAGGUUUUUAACAGCCCUCAUGACAUAGAUAAAAACUAGGUGUUUAUUUUCUAAUUGAUCAUAGGUGGAAGAAAAGUACCAUAUGAAGAGGAAAGAAAAAGAAACCAGUGAGAGAGUCCUAGGCUUUUUCAGACUGAUGGAAAUAAGACUGACUGAAACCAUGUUCAGCUGCUGACAGUGUGAAAUUGAGUUGUAUGGUGGACAGAAGACAAGCAGUCAAGAGAAAUCCCCAAAGGUUCCUGAAAGUAGAGAUUUUCCUUGUGAGAUGAUGAAAAGAUGUGAUCACAUGGAAAUCCAAUUCCCAUGUUUGGAAUAAUGUAUGACUUUUGGAGAAAACUUCAUGACUUCUUGUACCACCAAAGUGUAUACAUUCUGCAAGGGUAUUCAACAUUUGCCUCUUCUUCCUUAUUUGGCUGUGCAGAAUUCAGGUGUCAUGUAGCCCUGGCAGACCUCAAACUCACCAUGUGGCUGAGGAUGACAUUGAACUUCUGUCCCGCUGUCCGUCCUUCCCAAGUGCUAGGAUCACAGCCCAGUAAAAAGCCAAUAGGAACUCAGAGCAUGAUUGACAAUGAGAAGAGACCCUGCUCAAGCCUCAGGUAGUCUGUUCACCAUGGAAACAGACAUCACCAAAAGCUGCACGAGCGUUGUCAUCUGAAGUGGAAGCUAAGAGCUGCAUCUUGGACAGCUUUGGGUAAAAAUGAAGGUGCCUGUAUUGGAGGAUGUAAAAGACGAAACUGAAGAGGAAAAUGUGGAGGAGGAAGAAAAGCAGGAAGACAAGGUAUUUCUUAAACCUGUUAUUGAAGACCUAAGCAUGGAACUGGCCAGAAAGUGCACUGAACUCAUUAGUGAUAUCCAUUAUAAAGAAGAGUAUAAAAAGUCCAAGGACAAAUGCACAUCUGUGACUGACACUCCCACGCUAAACCAUGUAAAAAACAUUGGUGCUUUUAUUUCUGAGGCGAAAUACAAAGGAACCAUUAAAUCUGAUCUUUCCAACUGUCUGUAUAAGCACCUGCCGGCCACCAUUGACAGUGUCUUUGCAAGAGAAGUGUCCCAGCUUCAGAGUGAGGUUGCCUACAAACAGAAGCAUGAUGCUGAGAAAGGGCUCUCGGAUUACGCCCACAUGAAGGAACCUCCGGAGGUGAGACAUGCCAUGGAGGUCAACAGACACCAGAGUAAUAUUUCUUAUAGAAAAGAUGUGCAGGACAUCCACAUGUAUACAGCGGAGCUUGACAGACCGGAUAUCAAGAAGGCAACUCAGAUCUCCAAGAUCAUAAGCAAUGCAGAAUACAAGAAAGGGCAGGGCAUAGUGAAUAAAGAGCCUUCUGUAAUUGGAAGACCAGAUUUUGAACACGCUGUCGAAGCCUCGAAACUUUCCAGUCAGGUUAAAUAUAAAGAAAAAUUUGAUAAUGAAAUGAAGGGGAAAACCCACUCUUACAACCCACUGGAAAGUGCUUCUUUUCGGCAACACCAGCUUGCUACUGUCCUGGCAAGCGAUGUGAAGUACAAGAAAGACGCUCAAACCAUGCACGAGCCAGUUUCAGACCUCCCAAAUUUGUUGUUUUUAGACCAUGCUCUGAAAGCCAGCAAAAUGCUCAGUGGAUGGGAAUAUAAAAAGAAUUUUGAAGAAAACAAAGGAUUGUAUCACUUUGAUGCAGAGGCCACCGAACACCUGCACCAUAAAGGCAACGCCACCCUCCAGAGUCAGGUAAAAUACAGAGAAGAAUAUGAGAAAAAUAAGGGCAAGUCCAUGCUUGAGUUUGUUGAGACACCAUCAUAUCAGUCUUCAAAGGAGGCUCAGAAGAUGCAGAGCGAGAAAGUUUACAAAGAAGAUUUUGAGAAGGAGAUUAAAGGGAGGUCCUCACUGGAUUUAGACAAGACUCCUGCAUUUCUACAUGUGAAGUACAUCACCAACCUGAUGAGGGAGAAAGAAUAUAAAAAAGACUUGGAAAAUGAAAUAAAAGGGAAAGGAAUGGAACUUAGUUCAGAAGUCCUUGAUAUUCAGAGAGCAAAGCGAGCAUCUGAAAUGGCCAGCGAGAAAGAAUACAAAAAGGACCUGGAGUCAGAAAUUAAAGGGAAGGGAAUGCAAAUUGACACCAAUACACUUGAAAUACAACGUGCCAAGAAAGCUGCCAAGAUAGCCAGUGAGAAAGAUUAUAAAAGAGAUCUGGAGACAGAUAUUAAAGGAAAAGGAAUGCAGGUCACUGCAGACACUCUAGAUGUUCGGAGAGCUAAGAGGGCAUCCGAGAUAGCCAGCCAGAAGCAAUAUCGGAAAGACUUAGAGAAUGAAAUUAAGGGAAAAGGAAUGCAGGUGAAUAUGGAUAUCCCAGAUAUGCUUCGAGCCAAGAGGGCAUCUGAAAUCUACAGCCAGAAAAAGUAUAAAGAUGAAGCUGAGAAAAUGCUUUCUAACUACUCCGCUGUGGCAGACACUCCCGAAAUUCAGAGAAUCAAGAUGACGCAGCAGAACAUUAGCAAUGUAUCUUACAAAGAAGGAGUGGGAGCUGGCACAGCCCUAAGGAACACUCCAGAGAUUGAACGAGUGAAGAAAACCCAGCACAAUAUCAGUUCAGUGAAAUACAAAGGAGGAAAUAAGCAUGCAGCAGCCAUUUCAGAUCCGCCCGAGCUGAAGAGAGCUAAAGAAAACCAGAAGAACAUCAGCAAUAGGCUCCAGUAUAAAGAGCAGAACUAUAAGGCCACUCCAGUAACCAUGACUCCAGAAAUAGAGAGGGUGAGGAGGAACCAAGAGCAGCUGAGUGCGGUCAAAUAUAAAGAAGAGCUAAAACAGGCAACUUCCAUUCCAGAUCUACCAGAGUUGAAGAGAGUGAAAGAAAACCAGAAGAAUAUCAGCAAUGUUUAUUAUAAAGGUCAACUGGGAAGGGCUACAGCUCUCAGCGUCACUCCUGAAAUGGAAAGAGUGAAGAGGAAUCAAGAAAAUAUUAGCUCGGUGAAAUACACACAAGACCACAAACAAAUGAAAGGUAGACCAUGUCUGAUCUUAGAUACACCUGCUUUGAGACAUGUUAAAGAAGCGCAAAACCAUGUUUCCAUGGUCAAGUAUCAUGAAGAUUUCGAGAAGACAAAGGGGAGAGGCUUCACUCCUGUUGUGGACGACCCUGUGAUGGAGAGGGCGAGGAAGAACACCCAGGUUGUGAGUGAUGCUGCCUAUAAAGGUGUUCAGCCUCAUGUUGUGGAGAUGGAUCGGAGACCUGGGAUCAUCGUUGACCUCAAAGUGUGGCGUACAGAUCCUGGCUCCAUCUUCGACAUUGACCCCCUGGAGGACAAUAUUCAGUCUAGAAGUCUCCAUAUGCUCUCUGAAAAGGCGAGUCAGUACCGGAGACAUCUGUCUCGCUCUCACUCCAGCAGCACUUUUGGUACAGGUCUGGGAGAUGACAAGUCAGAGAUCUCCGAGCUCUACCCUAGCUUUUCAUGCUGCAGUGAGGUAACAAGACCAUCGGAUGAAGGAGCGCCCGUUCUUCCUGGAGCUUACCAGCAGAGUCAUUCCCAAGGCUAUGGGUACAUGCACCAGACCAGCGUGUCAUCCAUGAGGUCAAUGCAGCAUUCACCAAAUCUAAGGACCUACCGAGCCAUGUACGACUACAGUGCCCAGGAUGAAGAUGAGGUCUCCUUCCGAGAUGGUGACUACAUUGUCAACGUGCAGCCCAUUGAUGACGGCUGGAUGUAUGGCACCGUGCAGAGAACCGGGAGAACGGGCAUGCUCCCGGCAAAUUAUAUUGAGUUUGUGAAUUAAUUCUUUCUCCUUGCCCUUUGAGCUUUACUCUGAUGUAUUCUACACCCAGUCUUUUUAAAAGAUAGAAGAUACUUUUCAGAUAACUUGGCAAUUAUUUUACAAUAACGUAUCCUUACUUUGACAAUUAGACACACAGGUACCAGGGAAAGGGAAUGACUUUUGGGCUGGAAACAGCAGCAUCCAUAGUAAUUCCUGUAAACAAAACCAUUAGGUCUGGAGACCUGGUGCUGCUAAUUGUGUUUGUGGUUUCAUUUAAUUGGCUAUUCAACCCUCCUGGGACAUGUAUUUUUGUAGACUUUAAUAGAGAUGUUGAUUGUCCCUUAAAUGUAACAAGUGUAUGAAACUUCUUAGCUGUCACUUGGAAUCAUCUGAAGCCAAUUCUCAUAGUCCAGCAACACAGCCAAUAAUCUAAAAACUGUUCAGCUUUUGAAACAUUGGGUAAUUUUCAAUUCAGAUGCGAAUUGCCCAGUAUAAUAAAUGGAAACAGUGGCAGAAUGAGUCUGAUUAAAAUCAUAUUGACUGUAGCCUUAGGGAGCAGGCAGGAAACUUGCCCUUUUCCUAGGCUCACCAGGAUCUAGUUAUUUCUCAUGUGUUUCAUGGUAUCGCCUAUCUCCAUUUACAUUCUGUGGAGCGGAGCAUGUGCUCAGGUCCUCAGAAUAUCAGGACCAGGUAACUUCACAGCUACUCUGCAAAGGGCAAAGUCAAUGUCAUCUGUAUUAUUUCCCUAGUAGCCUCUAUCCUGUUGCAUGUCUCGUGGGCUUAAGCUUCUGUAACAUGGCAGCUGCUUGCCCAUCCUUGUUAUAAAAGUCAGCAGUGUGGCUGAUCUCUCCCUGCCCUUCCUUCUAGCUGUCAGCUCACCAGAAAACAUUUUGAAAAGUUGCUUGAGACUUUCUCGCUGUAUUAAACUCUAGUUUUGAAAGACUCAUGCCUUAGGGGAAAUACACAUAUACUCUAGUAAAUAGGAAAUUUAUGUAUUUACUGGAUAGCUUUCACUCACUUAAUACCACCAUUGAUUUGAAAGUGAAGUGAAUUCAACAGCAUCCCAUGUAAGGGGGAAUGGCCUAUUCAGUAUACUGGGAGAAAACCAACACAAAACAGUAAGCAGAAGUUUGCUCCACAGUUAGAUGACUUGGUCUUAUAUUUUGGCAAUUGGUCUUCAGACUCUGGCAUGGAAAUAUAGCUACUAAGUAUGUUCAUAAAAAGGAUUCCUUUUCCCACCCUGCUUUUUGUUUUCUAAAUCACCUUUGGGAUUACAUAUAAGAAAGUCAGCAGUGAUCAGAUCAGCAGAUGAUUUAUUAAGAAGGAAAUAGGUGUCUUGUGUUGAGUGAGUGUGCAGGGUUUUCAUAGUGUCACAGCCCCAAGUAGAACCAUUACUAUUGUGUCUUCAAUUUGCUCUGGAGUCUGCAGUCGAAGUUAGUGGAUGUUGAUGUUUAUCACAACUCUGUUUUUCUCAUGGUGCCUCUUACUGUGACUUGAAGCAGGGUGGCAUUUGUGUGAGAUCUGAAACUGAAGAAAGCAGAGUCACAAAACUGUAAGAAGACACUGCGAUUGUGGGACUAUCUACACAAUAUGUUCAAGGAAAUUAACAAAGCACCCACCAGUGAAAAACGUUUGAAUGAAAUGUUUGUGAGGCCAAAGCUCCAAGUUGGUUCAUUUAAACCUUUGAAAAGUGAGCCCGUACUCUGGAAAAUCAGUAGUUUCGUUAGAUUUGCCUUAAAGAAAAGUUUUAUUACACUGAGCUGUGUUUCUGUGACACUGAUAGAAAACUGAAAAGAAAAAUAACUAGAGAUUUUCCUGGAAAGGGUUUUAUAGACUUGUAAAUAAACAGCUUACCUAAUUUCCUGUCAUUUAAAUAGCCAGUCAUGAUUAACCUUCCUGUUUUCAUGUCUUGAACACACACCUACAAAGACAAACUGCACUUGCAAUAAUUUUGCAAACAUCUUUACACUAAUAACAAGGGUGAUAAGCUGGCUCAUUUAUGUUGUGUCUUUAUGCUUUCCCAGGCAGACCAUGUAUGUGUGUGUGUGUUUGUGAUUAUUAAAACAAAAGAGUAGUUGUUGAUUAAAACUUCAGGCUAAAUGCAGGGCAGGUAUGAUUUUUGGUAAUAGUGUGUGUGCAGGAAGCUCAACCGAAGUCGACUUUGAAAUGAUGCUUAACAUCAGCUAGUCCUCACAAAGUAGCAGCUCAGUGGUCCAUGUUCUUGCCACUCAUUCAUUUCAAAGUCAGACUUGAAUGUGAAAGUCAGUACACAUUUGGGAAAUCCGUGUCCUAAAUGUUGAGCCUUACAUAAUGUUUGCAUAGCAAGAUUUUUCUGUUUUAAGUCCUUCAGAAUUAAGAUCUGAUCUGGAUUCAAUAAAGGGCAGUUUUUUUUCAAUACCAACUGAGGCAGAACAAGACAUUGUAUGCUCUUGAGGUCAUGCAUUGAUAGACUAGACACUGUUACUAGCACUUGUAAGGAUGUUACCCAUCUCAUCAGAAAAUCUGAGCAUAGAUGUGUCAUACCCAGAUGCCAUCUUUUGGAGCAUCAUUUUAAAAAAUGCUAUAUUCUUAACACACUUUCCACAUGCCCCCCUCCCCCUUGCUGUUUGGCAGCCAGUAUCUCACAUGUAACACUGACAGCUAUGGAUGAAUUUGAAAACAAGUCCAUUAGAAAUCAGAUUAAAGGAACCUAAACGCCAGACACAGAGAUCACGCAUCUGUUCCUAAAUGUGAUGGUUUCUCAAGCCUGAUGGAAGCACAAGAAGCCACCUGAUACACUUCUCCAAGUCUCUGAAGACAAAUGUAUUUGGUUCAUGUUCCUCUUGAGAAAAGUUUAGCAACAGAAUAUAAUGCCUUCGUUGUAAGCUUUUGUAGUAGAUUUAAAAAAACAUAUUUGUUGUUCUCUGGAGAACUUUCUAUUUCUAACCUGUGACAAAAUGAAUACUUCGUGUCUUCAUUGUGUUUGCACAUCUGCAGCACACCCAGUUUGAAAUCUGGUUGUCAUUCUCCAUGGAGUCCUUGCAUCUUCCCAUGUCUCUCAGCCUCCACAGAGCACCCAGGAAUGUCUAAGCACAAUUUCCACAAGCACCUUGUGUGGGGAUGGGUGAGAUUAUGAGAGUCCCUCCCUUGUCAAGGCCCUUUAUUUGAAGAUGUUAAAGAUGCCAUUUGGCCAGUUUUACUGUAGUCUUUCAUUUUAGGUCCUCUCUGUGCUGGGGUUCAUAACACUCUAAGAAUGCUGGGAAAAUCUUUUCCACAAAUGAAAGCAAAGGACACACCCAGUUUUCAGGUUCCUCCACCUCUAGUGGAAUACUUUCAGUGAAAUGAUAAAGAAAAUAAGUGUGAUCUUUAAUAACACAGCCCUAUAUACAGUGGAUAUAGUUUAUACUAAUGUUAUAAUAUAGAUAUAUACAAAAUAGGUGCCUUUUGAUUAUACUUGUUUAUCAUUAUGGUCUUGGAAAGGAAAGCAAGCAAGCAAGCUUCUGCAUAUUCUAUUACAAUAUUUUAUGAUACAUGAUUGAUAUUUUUGUGGUGAGAAUUGAGAUGCCCCUACCUGGAAGAUGUCACAGCUGGUUGUAUAUUCCUCCUAAAGGUUUAGAACUUUAGACAAUAUUGACUUCUUCCAUUUUCUGAAAAGUUGGGAUUUUUUUCUUGUGGAUGUAUAUGUAGUUGAAAUAUAUAAGCAUUAAGUUUGUUUGGGGUUUAAAAUACUUAGGUGAGAUAGAUUAGUUAUAUUAUGAGGCUGAAUUCACUGAGUAAGAUGAGCUUUGUGGCCUGAUUAUGUUUAUGUUUUAACUGUUUGCCUUUGAUAAUCUGAAUGUGGCUACAUUUGCACUUGUAUGAGGUAAUACAACGUGGUGAUAAAGCUUCAGUUAGGUAGGAAGCUAUGUAAACUAAUUUAAGAUGCUAAAAUGAAAGGCUCUCUGAAGUAUUCUGUGCCCUGUAGGGCCCGUUUCCAGGCAAGUAGCUGUCAAUAACUAAUGAUCAAAAAAAGUUAAGACAUUGUGGGAAACUUCUGUGGUCAUCAUUCCAGGAUGCAUAAGACUACUAGAAUCCUCGGGCCUAGAAGGCUCCCUGGACAAAUGUCCUUCCCAACUGUCUGUGACUUCAGUAUAUCCACAGGACUCCAUAUGCUUACUGUGUCUGAUAUGUGGUAUCCUGUUUGCAUAGCAUACAUGUCGCUGUUGUUAACUAUUGUUAAAGAUGGUUUCCUUUAAAGGAAGGAGAGAAAAACUGCAUUGCAACCUUCUUCCUUCAUGUCCAUACAAUGAAUUGCUAAGCAUUUUGGAAGUAGCAACAAGUGUGUAACAGGCAUGAUAUUUGUGGAACUGUUGGCUUUUGACCUGUGAUAAAAACAGAAAUUUGAAUGAUGUAGCUUGGCUUCUGUUUGCUUUGAAAUAUGCACAAUUGUGGUUGGUGAUUAAUUUGUAAAGCUGUAUUAACUUUGAGAACAUAAUGAUUGUGAAAGAACCAGUAAAUGUUUUUUCAAUGGGAGGGGAAUCACAGAAUGAUUUAAGGUUAUUAGUAUAAUUUGGCUUUUGUUAUGCAAAUUGUUAACACCAGCUAUUAAAAUAUAUUUUAGUAGAAAUGCUUUAAUUCAUGUUUUUUUCCUCUACACUGUGAAUCUUGAAGCCUUGGUGGACCAGAGACACAUUGUGAUGUCCAAAGGACUAACCUAUGCAAAUGAGUUCACAUCUUAUUGAUGUCACAGUAAACAUGUGCUAAGAAAUUAUUUCUCCACAUAACAUGCAGCAGUAUUGGAAUAGCACAGGAAGCCUGGCCUCCCAUGCAUUACACUGUAGUCACUCACAAUCCCUUCAAGGCCACCAAAACCAUUAGCAUUUGUGGGAAUCCGAUUGGUAUCUAUUGAAACUACUUUAAUGAUACCGGGAGGAAGAUGACAGACAGGCAUCUUGGCUGUGACUUUCAUAGAACUAUGUUCUCACAUAUACUCUCUUCGGGGUCUUGGUAUUCUGUGUCCUCUAUCUGUAUUUGUAAAGCAUUUAUGAUUCAUUAAUUUCCUAUCAACACAUUUGGUUUGCUUAAAUAAAUACAGGAUGUAACAAAAUUGUUCUAC